UGGCUUGUUAUGUGUUUGCGUUUGAGGUUAUGUUUUGAAAUACAAAUACUCCAUUAUCACAUUUUCUUGAUAAAUAUUGUAUUGUGAUACAUAGUUAACGCUAUAAUUAUACUUUAUCCCAUUGUGCAUAUGUUUUGAAUUAUUUUAACAAAAAUGUCAAAAGUUACAAGGAGGAAACAUGUAAUGAACGAAGCUUAUUGGGACGACUACGAAAUGCCGAAAGAAAAUCAAAGUAUUGUUAAAGUUUUGAGGAGUAGAGGGAAUAAUCUUCACGAGAUUACAACGCCGAGUGGAGAGGAAUAUCUAGUAUCAAUGCCAACAAAGUUUCGCAAGAACAUAUGGGUGAAACGUGGCGACUACAUCUUAGUAGAACCUAUUGAAGAGGGUGACAAGGUCAAAGCAGAAAUUGUCAAAAUAAUGAACAAAGACUCAAUAAAGUACUAUAAAGAGAACAACAUAUGGCCUAAAGAGUUUGACGACAGUAAAAAAGACAUUGAUGAAAAUAGUGAUGAUUUGUUUGUGAACACUAAUAGGGCUCAUAUGAAAACAUAUAACAGUGAAACAGACUCUAGUGAUAGUGACAGUGGUAGUGAUGGUGAAAGUGAUGAUAAUAAAUGAUACUAAAUGUAUUACCUCUA